AUCGCACCCAUCGCACCCAUCGCACCCAUCGCGCCGUCGUCUCAAAAGCCCGGCCGGUCGACGACGAGGGCCCUCCAGUGUCUUGCACAGCGAGCUCUUCCGACACCGACACUUGAUCCGCCAGUCGCCCAGGCAUCGAAACAUCCUCCAGCGACCUUACCCAGCCCCAGAUUACCCAGUUUUCGAGGCACCGGCGUUCCUUCAACAGACAUCCAUCUCUGGCUCCUCUCGCCUCAGCGCCCUCGUCUCCCACGAUCUUGCAUCAUGUCUCUGCGCCAGCUGCUACAGUCCAGCCUCCCAAGAGCCACAGCAGGCCUCCACCGGCCCCUGAAGUCACAGGCUUUCGCUUUGCGCAACGUGGCCUGCUCUCUCUACCACUCGAGUUCGGCCCUCCGAGAAGCCGCCUCGAAGCCGCCAUCGGCCGGAGCGCCGGCCCCGCUACACACAUCCAUCCAUUCGUACUCGCCGUUCGCCCAAUACUCUCGCGAGGCCACCGAGAAGCAGUCGAGCGAGUCAGGCCCAGAGCCCAACUACGACAAGGUUGUCUCCGGCUACGAGGUCUACCACUACAAGCGAGAGUUCAAGCUGGAGCACGGUGGCGUUCUCCCAGAGUUCAAAAUUGCAUAUGAAACCUGGGGGCGGCUGAAUCCUCUCCGAGACAACGUCAUCCUGCUGCAUACCGGCCUGAGCGCCAGCAGCCAUGCCAAGAGCCACCCCAAGAACCCUGCACCCGGUUGGUGGGAAAAGUUCAUUGGUCCCCAAAGCGCAAUCGACACGGACAAGUGGUUCGUGAUCUGCACAAACGUUAUCGGCGGAUGCUACGGCUCGACCGGCCCAUCCUCGAUCGACCCGGCCUCGGGACAGCGAUAUGCCACCAACUUUCCACUGGUGACCAUCAGCGAUAUGGUCAGGGCCCAGCUCGAGCUCCUCGACCACCUGGGCAUCCAGCGGGUGCACGCCAGUGUGGGUGCGUCCAUGGGUGGCAUGCAAAGCCUGGCCAUCGCUGCCGAGGCGCCUCACCGAAUCGGACGAGUGAUAACCAUCAGCGCCGCCGCUCGCACACAUCCAUAUGCGAUUGCCAUGCGGCAUGUCCAGAGACAAGUGUUGAUGGCCGACCCCAAUUGGAAGCACGGGUUCUACUACGACAGCGUCCCGCCGCAUGUUGGCAUGAAGCUCGCUCGAGAAAUCGGCACGAUCACGUAUCGGUCUGGCCCCGAAUGGGAGCAGCGCUUCGGUCGCAAGCGAGCCAAGCCCGAGGAAAUGCCUGUGCUGUGUCCCGACUUUUUGAUUGAGUCGUAUCUCGACCACCAGGGCGAAAAGUUUUGCCUCAACUACGACGCCAAUUCGCUUCUCUACAUAUCCAAGGCCAUGGACCUGUUCGACAUGUCUGGGUACGCUCCAAAGAAGGAGGAGGAGGUCUCGGACCCGACGGAAGAGUCCAAGGAACCCCCCAAGGAGGUUGCCCCGGUCCACAUCAGCCAUCGCACCAAUAUCCGGGGUCGAUUGAACACCAAGACCCACCGCUUCUCCACCGACGAGCCCGAGCUCGACGUCCUGAUCGAGGGCCUCGCUAAGAUCCAGGUGCCCACGCUUGUGCUUGGCGUGCAGAGCGACAUUCUGUUCCCGGUCACGCAGCAGAAGGAGAUUGCCGACUGCCUCCGCGCCGGCGGCAACAAUAAUGUGACCUACUACGAGCUGGAUGCGCUGUACGGCCACGAUACCUUCUUGAUUGACCUGCCGAACGUCGGCGCCGCGGUGAAGGGCCAUCUUGAGAGCAAGUUUGGCAGCGAGUGGGUUUAUAUCAUCUGAGCAUGUGCUUUGCACCAGGGCCAAGUGGCUCCCACAAUAUACGCACACAUCCACAUCCA